AUGCUUAGAUUUUGUAUUCAACGUACCUCCUCCAGAUUUGGAACAAACCUCUUUUUAGGAGCUGCAUGGGUUGGUCCAUCGAGAGUUGCUGGAAUAAGACACCAAUCUUCGACACCGGGAAAAUCUCAAAUCACGGAACUUCAAACUCAAUUACCUUCAGUUGAUGAUAUUGGCGAAAUUUCUUCGUCAAUUUCUGAUCAAAUAGCUGUUGCGGUUGGCGAAACUUCGAACCAUAUUGGCUAUUUGCAGAGUAUUGGAUUGGCCAAGACUUGGUGGUGGCCUCCUGAUGUGAUUCAGCAUGCCUUAGAAACUGUGCAUGUAUACACUGGCUUGCCUUGGUGGGGCACAAUCUGCACUGUUACGAUUUUAGUCCGUUUGCUGAUGUUUCCAGUGUACGUCAAGUCCUCUGACACCAUAGCUCGUAAUUCUCACAUAAAACCCGAGCUCGAUAAGAUAACUGCACAGAUAAUGGCAACAACGGAGUUGGUUGAAGGUCAGAAAUAUGCUCUCAAAAGAAAGAAGCUUUUAGCUGAUAAUGGCAUCAAAAAUAGAUGGCUGGCGGCUCCUAUGCUACAAAUUCCAGUUGCUUUGGGAUUUUUCAGCGGUAUUAGAGAAAUGGCAAACCAUCCCGUUGAUGGCUUUGUUAAUCAAGGUGCUGCCUGGUUUACUGAUUUAAGUCAAGCAGACCCUUAUCUUGGUUUGCAAGUGAUAACAGCAGCAGUCUUAAUUUCGUUCACAAGAUUAGGUGGUGAAACAGGUGCCCAGCAAUUUACGCCCGCUAUGAAAAAGUUUUUCACAAUGUUGCCAUUACUUUCUAUUCCAGCUACAAUGAACUUGUCCGCGGGCGUUGUCCUUUAUUUCGCAGUCAAUGGUACAUUCUCAGUUCUUCAAACUCUAACUUUAAGAAAUAAGUGGGUCAGAAGGAAACUGAACAUAGCGGAAGUCAUGAAAAAUCCACAAUCCACUAGCACACCGGCCAAAGGUAUUAUCGAGUCCUUUAGAGAAAACAUGGCUAAAGCAAGAGAGCAAGCUGAGAGAAGGCAAUUGAUGCAAGACAGAGAAAAGGAACAGCAAGAAAAAACCAAAGAAUUAAAAGAAAACAGCAGGAUCAAGAUUGUCCGUAGAUCUGAUCUUAACAAAAAAAAACAAUUGUAA